AUGCCAUAUUGCGGCCCCAGCGGGUCUACUGAGAUCUGCAGAUGGGCCAAUGUCCCACCAGGGGAUGAGGUGGAGGUGGAAUUUGACAUGCCAGAGGGAUGCAAAGCGCGGGAUGUGGAAGUGAAGAUUCGCAACAGCCACGUUUUGGUGAAGAUCAAUGGGAGGACCUUGGUAAAUGACGAGCUUUUGAACCGCUGUGACCCUGACGUAUCUCGUUGGGAGAUUCGGGGCACUCGCCUGGUUCUGGUCUUGCAGAAAGAAGCUGGUUCAACGAUACCAUGGCCCAACGUAUUCGUGAAAGAUUGCAAGACCCAUUUUGACUUGACUGAUGUGUUGUGA